GGAAAAGAGGCAAGGAGGCAGCACCAGACACCAGAGAGUGACGGAGAGUGAAAGGAUAACCGAGAGGAACGACAGAUCCAGAUCCUGAGCGAGAAGCAGACAGACAUAAAGAGAGGGAUACAGGUUACAUUCUGAGAGCUGAUCCAUGAUAGAAGCCAUGCCGGUCCUCUCAGCAGGUGCAGGGCUGCACGAGACACUGGCCCUGCUCACCUCUCAGCUGCGUCCUGAUGCUAAUCACAAAGAGGACAUGGUCUUCCUCAGAGACGUUUUCAGUGAGCGGAGCCUGACUUACUUAAUGAAGAUCCAUGAGAAGCUGCGUCAAUAUGAAAGGCAGAGCCCCACACCAGUGCUCCACAGCGCCUCCUCUCUUGCAGAAGAUGUUGCUGAGGAGCUGCAGAGCGGCCCCAUGAGUGUUGAGGAGAAAGAGCUGCUUCACUUGCUGACAUCACCUCACUUACGGGCCCUGUUGUCCGUUCAUGACAUAGUGGCGCAGAAGAACUUUGACCCCGUGCUGCCUCCACUUCCUGAUGACUUCGACGAGGAGCUGGAGGAAGAGUCGGUCAAGAUUGUACGUCUGGUCAAAAACAAAGAGCCACUGGGGGCCACCAUUCGGCGUGACGAGUCUACAGGAGCCGUCAUCGUAGCACGCAUUAUGAAAGGUGGCGCUGCUGACAGAAGUGGUCUGGUUCAUGUAGGUGAUGAACUUAGAGAAGUGAACGGUAUCUCAGUAAUGCACAAGAGACCAGACGAGAUCAGCCAACUAUUAUCUCAAUCUCAAGGCUCCAUCACGUUAAAAAUCAUCCCUGCUAUUAAAGAAGAGGACCGUCUGAAAGAGAGCAAAGUCUUCAUGCGGGCGCUGUUCGAUUACGUCCCUUUAGAGGACAAGGCCACGCCCUGUCAGGAGGCGGGGCUACCGUUUAAGCGUGGGGACAUCCUGCAAGUCGUGAGUCAGGAUGAUGCCACUUGGUGGCAGGCCAAGAGAGUCGGGGACAGCAACCUGCGUGCUGGACUCAUCCCAUCCAAACAGUUCCAGGAGAGACGCUUGACCUACAGACACAAAAUGGGCAGUUUACCCAAUUCCAAAUCCACCAAACAGACUGCAUACGACCAGGGAUGUGACAAAGAGGACUGUGACUGUGAGGGCUAUUUCAAUGGACACUACAUAGUCUCUUCGAAGUGUAAAGCGAUGGUGCCGUCCUGUGGCCAGGUGUUUUCCUGGGACUUUUAUACAGCUGGUCUGCGAAGGAGUUUCCGUCUGAGCCGUAAGGACCGGCGGAGUUCGUCAGGGGAGGCCAACGUGUCCGACCCCACCGAGCCCGAGCUGCUCACUUACGAGGAAGUAACACGAUACCAACAGCGGCCCAACGAGAGACCUCGGCUCGUAGUGCUCAUCGGGUCUCUUGGAGCACGAAUUAAUGAGCUGAAGCAGAAAGUUAUAGCAGAAAACCCUCAUCGCUAUGCUGUGGCUGUACCACACACGACGCGGCCGAGGAAGAGCCACGAGAAGGAAGGGGUUGAGUAUCACUUUGUCUCCAAGCAGGCCUUCGAAGCUGAUGCUCAGAACAACAAGUUUAUCGAGUACGGAGAGUAUAAGGACAACCAGUAUGGCACCAGUAUAGAGGCCAUCCGCUCUGUCCAAGCCAAGAACAAGAUGUGUCUGGUGGACGUGCAGCCUGAGGCGUUACACACGCUGAGGACCUCCGAGUUUAAGCCUUACGUCAUCUUUGUGAAACCGCGGAUCCCCGAGAGUCGUAGACGUCGCAGUGCUUCUUCUCCAGCAGCAGGAGAACACGGGAGAAUCACGGAGGAGGAUCUGCAGGAGAUGCGACAGUCAGUGCAGCAGAUCGAGCAAGAGUACGGCCAUCUGGUGGAUCACCUCCUGAUUAAGGAGGACACAGCGAGCGCCUGUUCAGAACUGCGCGUCCUCCUUGAGCGUCUGGAGAGGGAGACCUUCUGGGUACCAGUCAGCUGGGUUAGGAACUAAACACCUUCCAGCAUCCCAAAGCAGGACAACAUGGUCGGAUUCUAGACUUUAGUCCUUCAGUGAAAAACGGAACCGAGGACUGGAGACGGAUAAGAGAAGACUCGUCCUGGAGAAGAGGAACAAAAGGGAUAAUCCAUAAUCUAAAACCUUCUAAUAUGCACACACAGUAUGGACGAUAUGGAUUAUACAUAUUGUCGCUGUCAGGCGGAAUCCUCGUAUCUCCAAAACCGUUAUUUUUCAGGAAAUUAAAAAAACGCCGUACCUUAUCUGCAGUGUACAGGGUUUAGUUCGCGUUGCAGUGGAUUGUCUUGUGCUAAAUUCCUGUCCUCAGACGAGCACCAGAACUAGCGGGGGUCAAGAUUUUUUUUUCUUUGAGCCCAGUGUUUUGAAGACAUUUACCUCAGAAGACGUGUUGAUUCGUUGCGACUCUUCUUGAGGAGAAAUAUGCCGCGGACUGAGGAAGAGGUGGACAGUUGAAGUGUCCAAUGGAGUUAUGAGAUUUGCUCUUAAGCUAUUUUCAAGACUUUAGAUUGGUUAAUAACUUGUAAAAAUAACAGACCCAUGUGGAGACUGACCAAUAGCAUCGAUAUGGGAAAAAAUAUGAAAUUGACCAAAUUUGGACAUACGAGGUUUCCGCCCGACAGCGACGAUAUGCACCAUGGCUGCUUGUUUUUUCAUAUCAUUUAUUUAAACGAUCAUGAAAUUAUUCUAUUAACCACUUUUGGUAUUUUAUUUUAAAAAUCAUGCACUGUGUCAAAACAUAUUUCAUGCUGCACAUCCCCCAACGUAGGUGUGGUGUGGGGUGUGUGUGUGUGGGGGGACGCUAUUUUUUGCGAUUUUAAUGAAAUGCAUUCAACACACAAUUUAGUGAUACGAUAGGUGUUAUUAAUGCGCAUUGUAGAUCCAUCUUAAUAUGAUGUGACAAAAAAGUUAAGGAUAACCGUCAGCUCGCGGUAGAGUGCAAAAGUUUGCGCACCCACAGUAUAAAACAUGCAUAAAAUGCGUGUUAGGUUUCAAGUGGUCAAACCGUGUAUGUUAAAAUAUUAAUAGUGGACAAAUGAAACGGAAAACUGAAUGUGAUAUAAUAGUAAUAUUCUGUAAUUUCACGUAAAAGCGUUGAAUUUCUCCACCUAGGAACCACAGGGGAUGCAAACCUUUGCAUUCUGUUGUACAUUGUAAAGUGUAUUUGUGACAUUGAAAUCUAAAAUGUAAUUUCACCUUCAUCAGCCGUCGUUUUAAAACGAAGACCAACUAUCCGAGUAACCGGAAUUAUACAGAUAAACGAAUGUGGAGGUAUUUUAACGCAUGAGCCUUUGGGUUUCCUGCUGCAUAUUAAACACAUGUUGAACCCUGGAUGUGGUGAAGUUGAUGUUUCUGAACAUAAGGAUUUGGAUUUGUUUGAUCAAAAAACGCUACAGUAGCAUCUGAGUCGGGUUUGAAUGCAAUAAAACAUUUUACAGGUUCA